UCAUUUGAGGCACAUGAAGAUGGUGCUGGUUCCAUAAUUUUUAUUCUAUCUCUAUCCUUCUUUCAUUAUUUUCUCUUUUUAUCUAUUUGUUUUAUUUGGCAAUCUAGAGAUGGUGCUGUCCUAUUUAACAGUAUUUUAGAAAAUAAAGCAUGAAGUUUCUUAAAUAUAGAUGGUAAAUCUAUUAUGUAUGUGAUAAUACAAAAAAUGUUAUAAUUGUAAUAUUUAAGCAAUAAGAAUAAGAAAUUGUGUAUUAAUUAAAUUUUUUUUACUUAAUUUUAAUAAUCCUGAUAUUAAAUUUAUAAAUAAACAUGAAUUCAGUAAUAAAUUCUUGUAAAUUAAUAAGCAUAAGAAUAAAUAAGUUUGGAGGUUAUUUAUACCGAGGAAUGGCAACUAUUGAUGAUUAUAAAAUUAAAUGGGUACGGCCAGUUAAAAUUUCAUCUGUAGAUCCUCGGAAAAGUGGUGAUUUAGGAUUAAAUGUACCUAUAAAACCAACUGAUAUUAAACUUUAUUAUGAAAAUUCAAAAGAAUUGGAAAAUGCAAAUGAUCUUGUAAAGAAAUUAUUUACUUUGGAAUUUCAACGAGGCAAAGAAACUAGAAAUUUAUCAAGAGAGAAAAUAAUAGGACUUGUAAAAAGACAUAUUUGUGAUCGAGGUUCUCCAGAAGUCAAAAUUGCUGCAAUGACUGCUGAAAUACAAUAUCUUCAAAACCAUAUGAAAAAUCACCCAAGAAAUAAAAAGAUAAAAGUAUUUUUAAAAGAAUUAAUUGAUAAAAGACAGAAGCAUCUUAAAUUAAUGCGAAAGUGGGAUUAUAAACGCUUUGAAUGGCUUCUUGAACGUUUAAAUCUCACAUACACUGUACAACCCGAAAUUCCUGGUAAAGUGUCGAGAAAAGACGCAUUAAGAAAGCUGACACGAAAUUAUUGUGAUGCUAUUAUUCAAGAAAAAUUGGAUGCAUUUAAAAAAGAAUUAAAAGAACAACAAAAAAUAUUUUAUGCUGAAAAGGUUAAAAAACUGGAAUAUAUUUUAAAAGUUGAAAAAGAAUAUGGUUUUGAACUUUCUGUAACACAAGAAGAUAUUGAAGCUGCAUUAAAAAAAGUAGAAGAAUUAUCAAAAGAAAAUGUAUAAAUAAAUUUUUUCUAUAUUUUUUCA